AUGGGAGAUAGCCGCAAUUCAGUUGCUUCACUAACUCCCCCCCUCCGUGAGUGAACAAAACCAUUAGAAAAAUCGCUAUUUUUUACCCAAAAACCCACCCUCCGUGAGUGAACAAAAAUUUUUUAUGGAAAAAAAAAUGAUAUAUAAAUGAUAAUUAGUAUAAUGAAAUCUAGAGCUAAUUUGUUUAAUUUUAAACGAAUUGCUUUUUUAAACAUAAAUUUUAUAAAUUAAAUUAAUAUUUGCUUUCCAAUUUUUGUCAAUUAGGAUUUUUUUAAAUUUCGAAAACAAAUAUUUUUUAUAAAAUUUAUAUAUAAAAUUUUUUUGUUCACUCACGGAGGGGGGAGUAAGCAACUGUAAAAUAGAUUUUUCAAUUGGUUUGAGGAGUAAACAGUCAACGAAAUCCCAAUCCACCCUCAAUCUUAUCUUAUCUUAUGGAAUUUAUAUCGCUUAACGUCCACUACGGGGUUACGACCCCAGGUUUAUCACUCGCCUUUCGUCGCAUCGGGCCCACCAGUCCGCUGGGGACAGACUCGCUUCGAUCUCCAAGGUGCUUCUAGGGCAAAUGUCCACGUCUUCGACGGCUCAUGAAUGAGCUACUUGCUUGUACAUGGGUUGCUUUUUCCGAAAAACCCAAAAAAUGGAUUUUUCUGGUCAGCUAUCGGCACAAAAGGAAAAAUACAAAGCCUGGGACGUAACGCCCAGUUUCACGCUAGGGAUUUGCCCGAAUGGUCCAGAGGACUUUGCUGGGCUUCCCUUUCCAACCUUGUACCCUCCUUCCCCACGAGGAAAAAUCCACCCCUGAGAUUAGACUAGGGCUAGGCUCUGAAAGCUACCAGAAUUGCUUACCUAGCAUUGCUGUCCAUCUCUGAAAUGGUAAAACCUUGCCGGAUAUAAUUAAAAUAUGGCGUCUUCGUCUGGGCAUGGCCUCCCGGCCAUGCAGCCUCGACUCAUAUUUUAAUUAUAUCCACCCUCAAUCAAGAUAAAAUUCGUAAUAUGAAAAUACAUCCAGUAUGCUUACUCUUUAAAAUAAUUAAUAUAGAUUGCUUUCUCAAAAUGUUAACUCAAUAAAGAGCAAAAUUUAUAAAUAAAUAUUUUAUAGCUAUUUUAAAUCUGUAUAAAAAAUAAAAAGCAUAUACAAAUUUUAUAUAAGCAUAUAUCAAAAAGCGUUUUUUAAAAAAAAAAGGUUAGAGAUUAAAAAAGUCUCAAGGGGAUACAAAGCUGCAGAAGAGCCUCUUAUUUCUCUAAAAGAAGCAGCUAAGCCUAAUAAAGAAAAGUAUCAUUUAUUUAGAAUUCUCGAAAAAACUUUGAAAAAGAUUGAACCACAAAAAAAGCAUCAAAACACCCAUGGAGAGAGACAAUAUGUCUGCUCAAUAGAGACUUGCGGCAGGAAAUUUCAAGAUAAUUCAAAAUUGAGGAGACAUAUGCUUAUUCAUACAGGAGAAAAACCUUUUACAUGUGAGUUUUGUGGAAAAAGAUUUUCGCUCGAUUUCAAUUUGAAAACUCAUCUAAGAGUCCAUACAGGAGAAAAACCCUAUCAAUGUGCAUUUCCUGGGUGCAUGAAGAGAUUUACUCAGUCAAGCAAUUUAACUGCUCAUGAGAGAACUCAUGAUGUAAUUGAAGGGGAAAUUAAACCAAAGCUGCUAAAAGAAACUCCUAGCGAAGUUAAUUCUAUAAUAUCGCCUCAAGUGCAGCAGCUGCAACAACAGUUUGCUUUAGAUGCCUUUCCAUUCAUGAACUUUGAUAUGAGCUUGGCUAAUGCAGCUUCCGCAGUUCCUAGCAGUUGAAAACCGGUGAAUUUAAAUUAUUUUUACUCCAUCCCUUUAUUUUUUGAACAAAAAAAUUCAUUCCAAUUUAAAGGGGUAAUUUAUAAUAAGAAUUUUAUAAAUUUUUUUUUUUUAAAGAUUUUUUAAAUUUUAUUAAUCCUACUGCUUAAAAAGCAUGAUUGUAAUGAAACUAUUAAUAUAUAUUUAAUAUUUUCGUCUUUAAGGUUUUAUUCAAAAUUAAAAUUUUGUUCCAAUUUAAAAUUUAGCUAAAUAUUGAAAUUUUUAAGAUUUUAUUCCAUUUUUAAGGGGUAAUUAG